AUGGUUGAACAAGCUCAAGGUUCCCUUGAGGAAAUCGAACGGCAAUUUUUGGAUGUCGCUCAACGAGAUGGUUUGGAGAGCCUGCAAGAAGACGUGAAGCCUGAUGUGAAGUCAGAUUUGAAUGGGAAUGGAGAGGAGAAGCGUGAUCGAGACGACGAGGAUCGGAAGAAGAGAAAGCGUUCGAGGAGUAGAGAUCGUGGAGAUCGGGACAGGAAAAGAUCUAGAUCCCGUGACCGCCGUGAUCGAGACCGUUCCAGGUCGCGAGAACGCCGUCGUGAUCGUUCUCGUGAUCGCAACCGUGAUGAUCGUCGUGGUGGUCGUGACGACGACCGUCGCCGUGAGCCUCAAGAGCCCGCAAAGCCCCGCGAGCCGAAGAAGUACCGUUUCUGGGAUGUGCCUCCAACUGGCUUCGAGAAUAUCACUCCAAUGGAGUACAAGAAUAUGCAGGCAUCUGGAGCAGUACCACGUGGAAGUGUGCAAUCGGCAGUGCCAGUUGUGGGACCAUCGGUGACUUGUCAAUCGAGACGUCUCUAUGUUGGAAACAUCCCAUUCGGAUGUAAUGAGGAGGCAAUGCUGGACUUCUUCAACCAACAAAUGCAUCUGUGUAAUUUGGCUCAAGCACCAGGAAACCCGAUCCUUCUCUGCCAGAUUAAUUUGGACAAGAACUUUGCGUUCAUAGAGUUCCGAUCCAUAGACGAGACAACCGCUGGAAUGGCUUUUGAUGGUAUCAAUUUCAUGGGGCAACAACUGAAAGUCAGACGUCCAAGAGACUACCAACCAUCGCAGAAUACAUUCGAUAUGAAUGCGCGUAUGCCGGUCUCAUCGAUUGUCGUCGAUUCGGCCAACAAGAUCUUCAUCGGAGGAUUGCCAAAUUAUUUGACAGAGGAUCAAGUCAAGGAGCUUCUCUGCUCGUUCGGACCACUGAAGGCGUUCUCGUUGAACGUCGACUCGCAAGGAAACAGCAAGGGAUACGCCUUCGCUGAGUACUUGGACCCUACCCUCACUGAUCAGGCUAUCGCUGGACUCAACGGAAUGCAGUUGGGAGACAAGCAGCUCGUCGUUCAACUCGCCUGCGCCAAUCAGACCCGUCACAACACCCAUCUCCCCAACUCGGCAUCAGCGAUCGCUGGAAUCGAUCUAUCGCAAGGUGCUGGUCGUGCGACAGAGAUUCUGUGUCUGAUGAACAUGGUGACAGAGGACGAGUUGAGAAGUGACGAGGAUUAUGAGGAGAUUCUCGAAGACGUUCGUGAGGAGUGCUCCAAGUACGGAAUCGUUCGCUCGUUGGAGAUUCCACGUCCGUAUGAUGAUCAUCCGGUGCCAGGAGUUGGAAAGGUAUUCGUCGAGUUCGCCACCACCUCGGAUUGCCAACGUGCGCAGGCCGCUCUCACUGGACGCAAAUUCGCGAAUCGCACCGUCGUCACCUCCUACUACGACGUCGACAAGUACCAUAAUCGUCAAUUCAAUUAA